AUGGAUGAUGUUAUAAACGUUGAUGUAUAUGGAGACUAUGCAUUGAUGCUAUGGAAAAGUCAAGAGUUUGAGUACAAAAAUAAUCUAACACUGUUAAAAAUCAUUGAUCUUUCUAGCAAUAAUUUAACUGGAAAAAUUCCUCAAGAAAUAUUGAGUUUUGAAGAAUUAGUUUCCUUGAACCUAUCAAGAAAUUCUUUGAUUGGACAUGUUAUUCCACAGAUUGGUGAGUUGAAAAUGUUAAAAUCUUUCGAUUUGUCUAGAAACCAGCUUUCUGGUGAGAUUCCAACAAGCAUCACUCGUUUAAAUUUUCUCACUGUGUUGGAUUUGUCGAAUAAUAUCUUGUCUAGGAAAAUUCCGUCAGGCACUCAACUGCAAAGCUUUGAUGCCUCUGUAUACGCAGAGAAUUAUGAACUUUGCGGACUUCCACUUCCAAAUAAGUGCCCAGGAGAUGAAACAACUCCUGAUUCUUCUCGUGGUAAAGAAAACAUCAUUGAAGGAGAUGAAGAUGGAUUUAUAAAUUGA